CUCCGGAGCAUCUGGAGGAGGCAGGUGCGGGCGCGGGCGGCGGCGCAGAGACUGCUGCAGGCGCUGGAGGCCCGGACACGGUACCGAAGCCGCCGACCACGCCGGCUGCUGAUCGCGGGCGCCCACGGCGCGGACAUGGCGGGCUGGUGGCCGGCGUUGUCGCGCGCGGCCCGGCGCCACCCGUGGCCCACCAACGUGCUGCUCUACGCCGCGCUCUUCUCGUCCGGGGACGCGCUGCAGCAGCGGCUGCGGGGCGUCCAGGCCGACUGGCGCCAUACGCGGCGCGUGGCCACCGUGGUGGUGACCUUCCACGCCAACUUCAACUACGUGUGGCUGGGCCUGCUGGAGCGCGCGCUCCCGGGCCGCGCGCCGCGCAUCGUGCUGGCCAAAGUACUGUGCGACCAGGUGGUUGGCGCGCCCAUAGCUGUCUCGGCCUUCUACGUCGGUAUGAGCAUUCUCCAGGGAAAGGAUGACAUAUUUUUGGACCUGAAACAGAAAUUCUGGAAUACCUAUAUGAGCGGACUGAUGUACUGGCCCUUUGUACAGCUGACCAACUUCAGCCUUGUUCCUGUUCAGUGGAGAACAGCUUACGCGGGGCUCUGUUCUUUUCUCUGGGCCAUCUUCCUCUGUUUUUCCCAGCAGAGUGGUGACGGCACAUUCAAGUCAGCUCUUCCCUUUUUUCAUACCAAGGGGAGCAGUGCCAUCAAAGGGUCCCCGGAGAAAUGAGAAUUCAAGGACUCUCUUAAAGGGACCACAUUGUUGACCUAAAAUACACAGGAUUGCCUGCAGACUGAAUACUUGAUUCGCCAAUUAUGUACUUCAUUUGGAGGGAUUACUACUAUUUGUUCACCCACUUGUUUUUUAAAUUAUCCAUGAUUAUUUGUGAACUGUAUUCAUUUUUUCCUGUUCUAGUCUGAAAGCUUUACUUCUCUAAUAUUUUGGUUAAUAUAAAUACUAGUGGCAAAAUGGCAUUUUAGAAUUA